AUUUCUGAUACAGCUUCUUAUUGCAGGAAAUUUUUGGAAGUUCAGUUGAUGAAAACAAUACCAGAAGUGUAUGGACUGAGUUAAAGGAGCUGAAUCUUUCUUAUAAUUAUUUAGAAAACUUAGAUAAAUCACUCGAAAGUCUGCCAAAUAUUGAAAUUCUAGACUUGAGCCAUAAUCAUUUAAGGAGUACAGAAGAAAUUCGUUUCAUAAAUCAGGGAGAUGUGACUGAACAACUUGAUUCCAAACAGAUAUUUUAGGACUACGAAGAUUCUCAGAAAUCUCACUUUCGUGAAUUUGAGUUACAAUCAACUUGAACAUUUGCCAGUUUUUAAUACAGCUACUUGCCGCUGCUUAACAAAAUUAUAUGUACGAAAUAACAAUCUUGAAGAUCUUGAAGGGCUAGAGUGUUUGUUUAAUCUGGAAGAAUUGGAUGUGGGGUACAACUUACUGUCUGAAUAUCAUGUUUUGAAUCCUUUGAUUAAGUUAGAAUCUCUGAAAAUGCUAAAUCUGGAAGGUAAUCCUUUAUAUUUUCAUUGGCGUCAUCAAGCUUUGGUUACCAAUUAUAUUCAUCGCUCUGUAUUACACAGAGGUUUGCGUCUUAAUGGAAAAUAUUUUGCUGUGCCAGGAAGUGAGCUUCAUAGGAGUGAUGACAGCUGUACUUUUAGUCAUCAGCAUCAGACAUCAAUAAACACCGUUGUAGGUGAUGUGGAAAAUAUGAUUCAUGAUAAGGGUGCCAAACAACAUUUAUUAGAUGAUGUACCUAAAUUAUCUGAUAAAAGUAGCUUUGAUGAUGUCAGCUUUUCUUCUUAUACAAGCCAAAAUAGUGUGGAACAAAUCUCUGAGCUGAAAAGUGAAAAAAAGCCUUGCAAGAAAAAAUCAAGCUCUACCAAGAAAUAUACAAAAUUACGUGAAGUUCUUAUUAAUGAUCCAGAUGAGCCGCAAAGUGAUGAAAUAUCAUCUUCACCCAUUUUAGAUAGUGGUGUUGUUCCAAGUCACAUAAAAGUAAAACAAGCCCUAGAAGCAAGAAGACAAGAACGGGGUGAAUCAUGGUUAAUACCAGAUAUUUCUUCUAAGGAAUUAGUUCCCAAGGUUCCUUCCAAUACACCUGUAUUUAACAACUUUGAUAAUGGCACACUGUCAAAUAAUAUUCUUCAAAUUCAUUCAACACCUAACAAGGCACAUGAAAACGGUACAAAAUCAAUUUUAUCUUCACCUUGUGAAAUUUUAGAAAAGAUGACCAGUGACAUUUCUAUUAUGGAAGAAAAUCGAACUAGACAUUGCUCAAAAGAAAGUGAUGAUAUUGAAGUACUUGAAACAAAAGAACUUAGUUCUGAAGCGAUAUUAUCUCAAACAAAUGAUGACUGUGAUGUUUAUAUUAGCAAUGAAGGUACAUGCUCUGAUGAUGAGCAUAGUGGAGAGCCAAAUGAUAUAGAAUCAGAAGAAGAGUCGGAAGAUUCUGUAUUUUUUGUUGAAAGGAAUAUGAAUUUGACUAAAGAAACGUUAUCAGUACAUAUUGGGCCAAAAUAUGCCAAAGAAAAAAAUGUUAUAUCAGGAAGGAUAAUAGAUACCUUAGAUCUUAGCAGCUUAACAUCAGUCUAUACUGUAACUUCUGAGCAGAAUGACUGUACUAAAUAUGAAGUGUAUUUAGAAUUUGACACUGUGAAACCUUCAAGGCAAAAAAGACAAUAUAUUUUCGAGGACCUUCAAUCUGCAAAAGGCAUGACUAAAAUACUGCAGCCAUUUGCGGAUGCCAGAACGCUGCAGGAAGUUACAUUGGGAGCAUUGGAAUGCUUAAAAUGCCAUUCACAAUUUUCUAAGCAAGUUGCUAAUCGUAAAGUUCUUGAGACAAAGAAGCGAUUACCAGGAAAUCAAAUGCUUCCUUCUAAGUACAGUUCUGAUAGAGAUAUCCCCCAAGAAAUUGAUGUUUGUCCCAACUGUGGAAAUCAUAUUCUAGUAGAAAUGGAAAGCAUUCCUCUACCGGCCAUAGCUACUCCGCCACGUGGCAGACCCAAAAAAAUGAUUUUAUCCAAAGCAAAGUCAGAAGAUGAAGACUCGGAUACUAUUUCAGUUAAAUCUAUGUCUUCUGGUAAACUUUUUACAAGUUUACUUUCUUCAAUUAAGAUAUCUCCUGUUUUGAAAAGGAAAUUUGCUGGAGCAUCUCAUAAUCAUCAAAAUGAAGGUUCUAUAGCAGUUUCUCAGAAUAAAAAUGAUAUUCUAAAGACAUCUGCUUUAGAUGUUGCAAUGAGCAGAAAUUCUAGUGACAUAACUAUUAUUAGCAAUCCUAGUCAGAGUAGUAUAGCUGUGAUACCAGAGCCUGGAUGUGAAAGCAAUCUGAAUACUAUUAUUGAAAGAGAUUCACAGUGCUCUAUGUCACCCCCACUUUCUCAAAAUGCUGUCAAUGAAAUUAUCAGCAACACAUCAUCUAAAAAAGAAAUUAAUGCUGAUGUUGGUUUACAGAAUAAAGGAAAUAAAGUUUUUAGUUAUCCAGGUAGUGAGGAUGAUUUCCAUUCCUUCACAGAGAGCUUUACUCAUGAAAGCCAAGAACCUCCAAAAGUUCAUGAAAUCAAUUCAAGUGAUUCUGAUGUAUAUCAUUCACCAUACAAAAGUACAGGAUCUGAAAAGCGUAAAGCAGAUGUAAAUGAAAAAGCUACUGAACUAGAUAAAACUGAUCAGUUAAUGCGUAUUUUGGAAGAGAAGAACGUUAUAUCCUUUGAUAUAUUCAAUGAAAUUGAUCACAGAUUAAAAUUACAUAUAGAAAUAAAUAUAUUUGGAGAUAAAGAGCAUUUAGAAGCAUGCUUAGAGACUUCAGUAGUGCCUUUGUCCACUGGUGAGGAGUUUAGAGGCUUAUUUUUGUUAUCAACCACCAAAGUUUAUGUGAUCAAAUUCCUUCCUACAUACAAUCUGAAUAACGAGCAAAAUGAGUCUAUUGAAAAAAUGAUUCAAGUUUUAUAUUCUGGACCAAUUACUCAAGUAAAACAAAUCAAAGUUAUUUUGGGUAACCAAGGCUUGACUGUUGCAUGUGGACCUAGUGUACAUGUAUAUACUUUAUUGAUAAGAGAUUCAGACAUUUGUAAUUGUUUCUUGGCUUUAAUAUCAGCAGAUGCCUCUCAAGGUUAUUUACAAGAAUAUGAAAAACAAUAUAAAGCUGGAGAUGUUAUUCAAGAACGAUUUUCUGAUGGAUACAAAAUUGAGUUUUUGUCAUCUGCUGAAGAAACUUUGCAAAUGCUUAAAGAAUCAAUUCUUUCAUCUAAUGCAGAAUCUGAGUCUGCUCCUGAAAUUUUGCUGCAUCUUUUUGCAUAUUGGAAAAAAGAAAGUGAUCUUCAACCUAUUUGCAUAGUUGUUACACAUUGUGACAUUUUUGCAUUAAAAGUGUUGUAUAUGAAGCAAGAUUCUUGCUUGAAUUUGCAAGGAACAUCUGUCUAUUGUUAUACGGAUGUGGAUCAUCAAAAAAUAUCUGAUCUAAUGUCUUUAAAAUUAAAUACGGAUUUAAGGAGCCUAGAAAUUACAUUCUUGAAUGAAUCAUCUGGUAUUGAAAGUGAUUGGAAAAUUGAAAUGCAGUCGAAAUCAGCAUUGUUUUCUUUUAUUAAUGCUAUAAAGAAUCCUUGGGAAGAAGUAUUUGGUAUAACUUUGCCACUUACCCUUACAGAAGAAUGAUGCUGUUUUCUUUGGUAUGUAAAGAAAUUCUCGUGCCUGAGAAGUGUAAAUAUAAAAAUGUAUAGUGCUGUAUGAGGCUAAAAAUUCUUGUGAAUUCCACUUCCUCCUGAACAGGAAUUUGAGUUUUGUAUUUAUUUUCAAUCAAUUUAUGUUCCUUUUUUGACAUUUAGUGUUUAACUUUUGAUGUUUGGAAGCUUCCUCUUAAAUAUUUAAGCGGAUAUUUACAAUGUGAUAGCAGCUGUAGAAUCAGAUGAUCUGAAAAGAAUAAUUCUAUUUUGUAUUUAGUUUAUUCUAGUUUAUUAAAAAGAUAUGUGUAUGGUUUUCUAUUGUAGCAAAAUUUUACUUACAACUUUUAGAGUGUUGGCUAUAUAUAUUUAGUAAAUUUUAUUGUGUACAUAUUUGUGCCAAUUAUAUUUCUGUAUUAUUGAUAACUUAUUUAUUAAUAUAUUUUGAACAAAUAUCAUAUUUGAACAAACGUAUUUUAAGUUAUUUCAUUAUUUUGUAUCAUUCUUUCUAGAAAGUUUUUUAAUAAAAUUUCUUUCAUAAAUCAAAAUUCCGUCACUGGUUCUUUAUUUUCUAAAUUUAAUUACAUUUUCAACUUUUUUCAUUACCCCAUCUACUUUCUAACAGUUUACUAUUUUAGAAAACUUCUAACAGUUUUCUGAAAUAAGGAAAAGAGUAGGGAAACAUUUUUUACAAACAGUUGUGAAGUUGUAUUUUAUUUAAAAUAAUUUAGAUUGUAUAUAUGCAUUUCUCGAAAAUUUUAUUUAAUAUGCAUGACAUAAUAAUAUGUAAAAAUUAUACAUUAAAUUUUAGAACAGCUCAAGCUUUUUUCUUUGUAUCUUUUUGCUUCUUUUUCUCUUUUCCUAGUUGACGCCUUCUUUGACUGCUCAAUAUCUUACAGAAGCAGAAAACUAGAA